CGGUUCCUCCCUACUACUAGUUACUUCAACUCAUCGACUGAGCCGGGCGCUCUUCUUCUUAUUCAAACCGCCAUCAUGGCGAACGUCGCUGCUCGUAAAAAAUCAAUAGCAUCGAAUCCCGGUCUUGUAAUCGAAACUCCAGUAGCUAACAACAAUAUCCUCAACAAAGCUGCUUCUCAAUCGACAUCCCUCUACCAGCAAUGCUCUUCCUUGCGAACUCGCUUAAUGCGUAUCCCUGGAUUCUCAAAUUUCUUCAUACUGUCAUCUCACUCAGGUUCACUACGUCAGUCAACCGAUCCUGUAACUCAACUCUGGGACUGCUUCUCCCUCGGAAUAUCACUAUGUUUCCUUUACCAGCUUCUUCCUGGCAGAACAAAUACAUCUACAGUAAAAACGGAUCCUUCAAUCUUCGACGUCAGUAAUGAACGUGCAAAGAAGCAUGCCAUCGCUGUCUUCGUCAUGAAUAUAACGAACCUCGACAAUUGCGAGCAGUUCACCGUAACCGAUUUAUGGGAGAGACACUCGACCGAUGGUCUAGUAAAGGUCGUCAGUACAGUGACCACCAUCGUCGAUAUGUUGCCGUCCGCACUAUUCGAAGCAGCUCCUUUGUCCCCUCCAUUGAUGUCCACGCAUGAUUCCAUCGACUCGCUAGUGGGUGACGUACCAAAUACGCCCGUUCCCGCAAGCGCGCAAGAGGCCGCCCGUAACAACAUUAUCAGAGAGUUGGUAGAGACCGAACGGAAAUACGUCCAAGACUUGGAGGUCAUGCAGAAAUAUGCAACUGCCUUGUCCCAAAGCAAUACAAUCGACCAGGAUACCAUUCACUACCUUUUCCCAGGACUGAACAAACUUUUGAACUUCCAAAGGAAGUUCCUCAUUCGAUUAGAGAGCACCGCAGAGAUGGCGUGGCGAGAUCAGCGCUGGGGAGUCCUCUUUCUAGAAAACGAAGAGGAAUUCGCAGUAUACGAACCCUACUGUGCAAACUACACCAAUGCAGUAGAUCUCAUGGUUGCGGAGGAGCAGAAUCUUUCGGUCCACAAUAAUUUGAUCAACGCCAAAUCUGAACUGCCUGCCUUUUUGAUCAAGCCGGUUCAGCGAAUUUGCAAAUAUCCGCUGCUCCUUGAUUCGCUUAUUAAGGCGACAUCUGCCACCGAUUACCCGCAUUCUGAGGAACUCCAAGCUGGAUCGGCUGCCGCUAAACGUAUUACCGAUAAGAUUAACGAGGCACAAAGACGCGCUGAGAAUGUCCAGACAGUCAAAAAUCUGGAAGGUCGCGUUCAAGACUGGAAAGGUCACCAUUUGUCGAAUUUCGGCGCCCUUCUCCUCGAUGAUAUCUUCACCGUCACCAAGUCUGACGUCGAUCGCGAAUAUCACGUAUUUCUCUUUGAGAAGAUCAUACUUUGCUGUAAGGAGGCAGCACCUCCCCCUCAAAACGGCAAACGCGGAGGAAAGAAUAAUUCUAUUCUUAAGAAGCAGAAUGGCUUGCAAGCCCUUGCUCCCCCACCCAUGAGCUCACCGAACAAGAAAAAAGACACUCCUCUCCUGUUGAAAGGACGUAUCUUCUUGAACAACGUCACCCAAGCUAUUCCGAGCUCGAAUAGGAAUUCGAUUGCUUCAACCACAAUCAACCCACAUUCCCUGGCUGUGUGGUGGCGAGGCGAUGACGACCUCGAGUUCUUUACCCUCCGUUGCCGAUCCGAAGAGCAACUGCGACAGUGGGAGUGUCAGAUUAACCGUCUCAUUAAGGAGGUUGCGAGUCGAAGAGCGUCAGAACGGAAUUUCUCCCAACUCAUGGCUCAACACAGCAGUCACGCCUCUGUUCCUGCUGCACAUUUGCCGCGUUCAAUGCCUUUCGCUCAUGACCGCGGUUCCUCGAUGGUGUCUCAUGCCCACUCCCUACAUAGCCUUCCACCUCACCCAGCCAGCAGUCGUCAUCGUGUCAAUGCCUACAGCACCAGCGAGGAAGUCUCGGUGGCUGGAUCUUACUCCAGCGGUAGCUAUCCUAGCCACGAGGGCUUCGAGUUCGACUUGGAGGACGAGUAUGAGGAUUACCCUCCUGCGAGCAUGCCACCAUCCGGUCGUGGCACGCCCAUGGGUAUGCAUCGAAUGCAGAGCAUGCCUGUCGAGCCACGCGACUCGGCGGUUGGCGAUGACCGCCCCCGAGCCAGGACAGAAGACAUCAAUGGUCAGGUCAUGUCGCAAUGGCGAACGGCGAAUGGCGUUUUGCCUUUGCCACCUGGAGCUAAUCCCCCCGUUCCCCUUUCCUAUCGCCCCAUGGCCAACAGGGUGAAUUCUACUGCAAGUUUUGGCACAGACCCUAGUUUCCCCUCACGUCCUCCUCGAGUUCCUUUGCAAGGCCAGAUCAGCUCAUCGAAGCUGACGACCCUGUACGAUAGCGGUGGUUCCCGUAGCGUUACGGCGUCGCCGGCUUUGAAUGGCAGUAAUGCACUGCCGUUGAGAUCACGGAGUGCUAGUCAGCCGAGCGCAUAUGUACCACUAGCGCCCCCUCCUCCUGUUCCUAACAACGUAAUGUGGCCUCAUCGAUCGGAGGAUUCUGCUGCUUCAAGUAGCAAGCGGGGUAGUGGAUCUAGUCAGUCGACGGGUGGGGGUUCGUCGGAGGAGUCACCACAUAGUUCCUCGCCCAUCACGCCAUUCGGAUCCAGCGAAUCAUCUCUUGGAGGUUCAGCUCUCCGAUCCCCUCGGUCACAAACGUUUGAAACCAUGGUCUCUAGCGGCGCCCACCUCGCUUUCUCACCUCCAGUCAAGGUGAAGGUACACUUCAACGAGGAUAUAUUCGUCAUCCAAGUCCCGCGAUGCACAGAGUAUUGUGACCUUGUCGACAAAGUCGGCAAGAAAAUCCGGCUGUGUGGGCCGCGCCGUGAUGAUACCCCGCUGCGGGUAAGAUAUCGGGAUGAGGACGGAGAUAUGGUCUCUCUUGGUUCCACCGAAGAUGUCCAAAUGGCCUUUGAGUCGUUCCGACCUGGCGGGCAAGUCACGCUCUACGUGACAUGACAUCGCACCGCUCUUCCAUCCCCCUCUUCGACUCGUAUACAUACUCUUGCUGUUUCCCAGGGGGACUCGCAUUUCUCGUUGUACAUAAUAUGUAUCACUGGCAUGUUCGCACCACAUUCGUUUCUAUAUGGUUUUCUCUAUCGCUUUCUGACUUCCUUGACUCAGGUGCUCAUCGGGCUUGAGACCAUCCUUGUGUGGUUCACAUCUCUUUGAUAUCGAUAUCUACAUGGCUCUCUUUCUUCCUUUGUAGUACUUUUGAAUCCUUGGGCAUCGUAUAUCAUCUAAAAGUGGAGCACUAGUCACGUGUAAUUUUUAUUAGAAUACUGCACUCAUUGCUACGGUUUUAUUCAAAUACAUCAUGUUUAUUGGCGUCUAAG